UCAGAAAGAACACUCACGGAUCAUUCAUGUCCAUGACACAAUAAAAGCUCUCUCUCUCUCUACUAAAGCAAUAGUAGUAGUAGUAGUAGCAGCAGUCAACACAAGGAAGAGGAAGACUACGUACCUUGGUCUCUCUUCCUUCUCUCAACUCUUACAAUGGAGGCAUCUCAAGCAACCAGUGAGCCCGUUCAUUUUUCCAAACCUGCCACCAAGCGAAGCCUGUUGAGCUCUCUCAUGGAGGCCACAACCGGCGCCACGGCGGUCUCCACCGUCCCCGACAGCUCCCCUUCGUUCAAGGAGGACACCUACCUCCUCUCCACCCUCAAGUCGUCCGAGCAGAAGGCACUUCGGGAGCUCAAGCAGCUCCUCUCCGCCUGCCCCACGCCCAUCUCCAUGUGGGGCGUGCCACUCGACCCCUCCGCGCCCGGCGACGACCGGGCCGACGUCGUCCUCCUCAAGUUCCUGCGAGCCCGCGACUUCGACGCGGGGCAGGCGCACGACAUGUUGCUGCGGUGCGCGGAGUGGCGACGGGAGUUCGGCGCCGACGGGGUGACGGAGGAGGAGCUGGUGGGGUUCAAGGAGCUGGAGGGCGUGGUGGCGUACAUGCACGGCUGGGACCGGCGCGGCCACCCCGUGUGCUACAACGCCUACGGCGUAUUCAGGGAUAAGGCCGUGUACGAGAGCGUGCUGGGCAACCCCGAGAAGCUGAAGCGCUUCCUCCGGUGGCGCAUCCAGGUCAUGGAGCGCGGCGUCCGCCUGCUCCAGCUCCGUCCCGGCGGCGUCAACUCCAUCAUCCAGGUCACCGACCUCAAGGACAUGCCCAAGCGCCAGCUCCGAACCGCCUCCAAUCACAUCCUCUCCCUCUUUCAGGACAAUUACCCUGAAAUGGUCACGAGAAAGGUGUUCGUCAACGUGCCGUGGUAUUUUACCGUGAUGUACUCAAUGAUCGGUCCAUUUCUGACGGAGAGGACGAAGAGCAAGUUCGUGAUCGCCAGAGAAGGGCAUGUGGCUGAGACGCUCUACAGGUUCAUCAGGCCGGAGUUCGUGCCGGUGAAGUACGGAGGGCUGAGCAGGCCCGGGGAUCUCCAGAACGGCCCACCCAAGCCAGCCACCGAGUUCACCAUCAAAGGUGGAGAAAGAAUGAGCCUUGAGAUCGACGGCAUUGAGGGAGGGGCGACCAUCACCUGGGACAUGGUGGUGGGAGGAUGGGACUUAGACUACGGCGCUGAGUACGUGCCGAGCGACGCUGGAGGCUACACGGUCGUCGUGGAGAAGACGAGGAGGAUUCCGGCCACGGCAGACGAGCCGAUCCACCAUGUGUUCACUGCCAAGGAGGCAGGGAAGAUGGUGCUGUCCGUAGACAACACCAACUCGAGGAGAAGGAAGGUGGCUGCUUACAGAUACUUCGUCUGCAGAUCAUCAUCUUCUUAGAUGUUUUACAUUCCUUGCUCUGAGUUAUCUGAGUAGUGUCGGCUUUUAGUCUUUGUGUGUGCAUUAGAGAUUGAAAUCAUAGCUGGCACUGCACUGGUUGACUUUCUUGUUGACGUCAACGUGUUCAAUCCGUAUACUGUUGAAGCUGAUCUUAAUCAAUCAGUCCAUUGGUAUAAACUUAGA